GGUGCCUGCCUUCUGCUACUAUUGUCCUUUGCCAUUUUUGGUGAUGCUGUCUCUCUGUCUAAUGUAUUAAGCCUUGAAGACCAAGUUAGAUUUAAACAGACAUUCUACGAUGCAAUGCCAUUUAAAGACCUGGAAACAGCUGGCUAUUCAGUAUUAGGCUUAAAACAUUAUAUGAAAGCUGAAGUACCACCAACACAGGUAUGCAAUGCAACGGAGAAGAGGAGUCAGUACAUAAUUUUGCCAUGGUAGCAAAAUUUCUGGAUCUCAACAAACUGUGGUCCUGCAAGUAUGGCUGAAAAAGAAACAAUAAAAUUGGCAGGUACAUGUUUGAUGUACCUCUAGAUUGUUCUCAGGAACAAAACAGUAGCCCAUACUUUUCUUUUAUUGUUCUUCCAUGGCAAGAAAGGAUGAUGACAUCCAGAAAUUUUUCUACCAUGUUAUUGUGACAUCACACUUCCCCUCUCUAAGCAAAACAGACUUUGUUUAGAUACAUACAUGCAUACAGUACACCUUUAUUUAAACCUUUGAUUCACAGAGUAGCUUUAAAAUCUUAUAAUAUAAAUCUUAAAAUGUAUUCUCUGAGAAAGGAAAAUAAUGAUACAAAAGAAAGAAAGAAAGGAAGGAAGAGUGAAUGAAGGAAAGGAAAAAAAAAAGAGAGAAAAAGCACAAAGAGAAAAGGUCAGGUUAAUGGCCUGGGUGUCUAAAGACAGAGACUCCUCAUUCCAAUUUUUUGAGAAAGUCCUUCCACAUUUUAAUGUCUCUACGGAAACCUGAAUUUAGGCAGGAGUGCCACCAAGGAAACUUGAUACCCUUAGAUGGGUAAUGCAUUGUAAGAAGUGGCGGCCAGGGGCAAUUAUUUUGCAAGCAAAUGGUCGGGUUCCAAUCAGGGACUGGAGCUCAUAUAAGGUAGCAGAUUUCCUGUUGGCCCACCAGCAGAUGGCUUCUUGAAUGUAAGUGAGCUUACCUACGGGGAGGCGGGUAGGGGCAUCCCAAGACUUGUGGGGAGAUAAAGAGCAGGCAUCAGAAAGAUGAUCUGUGCUACCACAGGAACAGCAUCCAGAUUUAGGGAGGCUCAUGAAGGUAAAGCUGGAUGUCAUGUUCGCCCCAAUUGAUGGAAAGGUUAUAGGAAGCCUGCCUUUUGAACUCCACAUCAAAGAUGUACCAAGCCAUCCCGGGGAGUUUUUGUGCUGUUAAAUCUACUCUACAAGAGGGAUAGACAGAAACUAUGACAGCGAGCCACCUAUAUCGAUAGAGGUGAUCUGGGGGCAUGUAGAAGAGCCAGAGGAGAGAAAGGCAAUAAUCAGACCAUGACUGCUCACCUUAAGGUUAAACCCUAAUUCUCCUCUUGUUUGUGAGCAAAUGUGAGGCAAUUUGAAAGGAGAAUCUUGAAGUUUAUCAUAACAUUUGAGGCUAUUUUUCAGGAACACCUUCAUAUUUACUGGAAGGCAGUACUUGCAUCAGUCUGUUUAAAUUUGUCAUCAGUUAAUAAUACAUAUUUUUCUAAUGAUAUCAGAUGAUGCAACAUAGAAUAUCUUAUCUCCACCAAGACUUCUCUUAGCUCAAUGAGAUUUCUUGACUAAAUAUGAGAUGACAUUUCCAUAACUGUGAAGCAACUCUCCUACAAAUGUAGAGACUUUGUGUACAUGUACUUUUAUCUAAAAUGAUGUCAAAUUUUUAUUAGGUACUACAGAAAUUAUUAGAAAGUCAAGUUUUGUUCCCACCUACACAAAACGUGACUGACUAGAGUCAACGAGUAGCAUGUCUCUCAUAAACAUGGUUGAAAUUACAUUGUUCUCAUCAGCUGCUUGAUUCAAACUUGUUUUAUGCAUGUUGCAUAAUAAGUUCAUAUGGAUGAAGAAAUUUGAAGGCAGUUAUCAUUUAUUAGAAGAAAGAAUUUUUGGGACUAUACCACCCAUGAAUUAUGAAUUACUGAGUUUGUUUAAAAUGCAAUAUCUUGUAAUGAAGACAGCAAAAAUUGUUUUCUUCUGGUUUAAAUGCAACCAGGCCAUCUACCUGCGUAAGGCUUGAUAAGUAAGCAGAUAAAGCAGAAUGAAUGCUACAUGUACUUUAUUUUCAGUUUAUGAUGUAGGUGCUGUAGAAGUAGUAAAACCAGUCUCCACAUUUGAACUGAAAAAUUUUGUUUCCUGAUAGUUCAAGUUCAGAUUCAACCCCCCCGCCUCCUGCUUACUUCAGCCACCCACUUUGACAUGUUUCUGAGCAAAACUCAAACUAUAUGUAGGUACAUUUCUGUACAUCUUGAGGUAGGUUCGGUCAUGCUUGAGUAACCAAGUUUUGAUUAUGAUACGCACAGUACACCACAUGGUGUGAACAAGUUUCACUGUGAAACAUGUUUCAUUCAUGAUCAGACUACAGUCAUGUGAAAUGUAUUUUGUGCCAGUGUGAACAUUCUUGUUCUUGUCUUGAGUUCAUCACCCAUUUUUGUUCUUCUUUUGUUCUUCUUAACAGGAUGUCUGCAGAUUUGCUAACGAAAAUGUAGACAGUAGCAAUGUGAAGUCAAUAUUCUUUGCAUCACUUAUCAGUAACACUCUUGGGAAUUGUAAGGUAUGUGUGUACGUGUUUGUGUGUGUGUAUUACACUGUAAUUGCUUCUUGUGGACAGUAAAAGGAAAGGUCAGAUGGAAAUUUUGUCAGUUGUGAGGAAUCCAUGUUGGCUUAGCUGUCUCAGUGUCAUUUUUUCCUCAUUAAUGAUACCCUGUUUCACUUUGCACUUUUUCAGUUCACUGUCAGUGAUGAAGGCAAGACAACUUUGUCAGAGGCAAUUAAAGAGGGAACAGACAUGCCAACUCUUUAUUAUUCAGUAGCAGCACAGAAGUAUCUAGGGAUCCAAGGUAACAGAUCUGAUUCUCAGUAUGCCACCAAUGUACCUGCUAUGUAGCCACCAGUAAUGCCUGCAAUAAGAACAUAAGCUGCUGGCAAUAAGAAACAUUGCAGGUCUUUACCCCUGGCAAGCCUAUGAAGUUGAACUUGAGUCAUCGUCACUGGCAUGUCAUGGUAAAGACUGGGAUGGCAUCUGUUCCCAGUGGCUUCUAAAGAGGUUGCAGUUGCCUUUUAACCAAAGAAUUUUGUGCAAAGAUUUAAAAGUUAGAUUGGCCAUGAAUGUUGGCAGCUUUAACAUGUCCUAGGAGUGAAAGGGUUUAGAGAGAUGUCUGCCAAAGAAAAGUCCAUCUAAAAUGCAGUCUUAUUGAAAAUGAAUUUUCUUGUUAUUAGUUAAUACUGGAGAGGUAAUCAAGGCAGUGAAAGCAGCCAUCAACUCAGAUGAAGACAGUAUUUCAGGGUAAGAAGAAAUCCAGUAAUUCUGGUAACGUCAUUUAUUUUCAUGGCCAUUUGAAAAAAAUGAAAAUAGCUGCUAAAAUAUUCCAGUUAUCAUGGUAGAGUAAAACUUCUAGGAUAGAGACACCAAAGAGACAGAGCCAAGUGUCCACAUUACAGAGGUGUCUGUAUUACAGUCAAACCACCUUAAUAAGGAAACCAAAGGAACAGUGCCUAGUGUCUGCAUUACAGAGUUGUCUGUAUUACAGUUGAACCUCUUAGUACAGACACCAAAGAGACAGAGUCAAGUGUCUGCAUUACAGAGGUGUCUGUUUUACUGUCAAACCUCCUAGUACAGACACCACUGAGACAGAGCCAAGUGUCUGCAUUACGGAGGUGUCUGUUUUAGAGUCAAACCUCCUUAAUGCGGAUACCAAGGGGACAGUGCCAAGUGUCCACAUUACAGAGGUGUCUGUAUUACAGUCAAACCACCUUAAUAAGGAAACCAAAUGGACAGUGCCUAGUGACUGCAUUACAGAGGUGUCUGUAUUACAGUUGAACCUCCUAGUACAGACACCACUGAGACAGAGUCAAGUGUCCACAUCACAGAGGUGUCUGUAUUACAGUUGAACCUCGUAGUACAGACACCACUGAGACAGAGUCAAGUGUCCACAUCACAGAGGUGUCUGUAUUACAGUUGAACCUCGUAGUACAGACACCACUGAGACAGAGUCAAGUGUCCACAUUACAGAGGUGUCUGUAUUACAGUUGAACCUCCUAGUACAGACACCACUGAGACAGAGUCAAGUGUCCACAUUACAGAGGCAUCUGUAUUACAGUCAAACGUCCUGAUACAGAAACCACCGAGACAGAGCCAAGUGUCCACAUUAGAGGUCUCUGUAUUACAGUCAGACCUCCUUAAUAUGGACACCAAAGGGACAGAACCAAGUGUCUGAAUAACAGACAUGACUGUAUUACAGUCAAGCCUCCUUAUACAGACACUAAAGAGACAGAGCCAAGUGUCCACAUCACAGAGGUGUCUGUAUUACAGUCAAACCUGAUACAGACACUACACCAAAGGGACAGAGCUAAGUGUUCUCAUUACAGCUCUGGUAUCAGUAUUACAGUCAAACCUCCAUAAUAUGGACACCAAAGGACAGAACCACAUCACAGAGGUGUCAGUAUUACAAUCAAACCUCCUUAAUACGGAUACCAAAGGACACGUCCAAGUGUCCACAUGACAGAGGAGUCUGUUUUACAGUCAAAUCUCCUGAUACAGACACCAGAUUCCAGUGUCUGCGUUACAGAGGUGUCUGUAUUACAGUCAAACCUCCUUAAUAUGGACACGUGACAGAACCAAGUGUCCACAUCACAGAGGUGUCUGUAUUACAAUUGAACCUCCUGAUACAGACACCAAUGAGACAGAGCUAAGUGUCCACAUCACAGAGGUGUCUGUAUUACAAUCGAACCUCCUGAUACAGACACCAAUGAGACAGAGCUAAGUGUCCACAUUACAGAGGUGUCUGUAUUACAAUCGAACCUCUUGAUACAGACACCAAUGAGACAGAGCUAAGUGUCCACAUCACAGAGGUGUCUGUAUUACAAUCGAACCUCCUGAUACAGACACCAAUGAGACAGAGCUAAGUGUCCACAUUACAGAGGUGUCUGUAUUACAAUCGAACCUCUUGAUACAGACACCAAUGAGACAGAGCUAAGUGUCCACAUCACAGAGGUGUCUGUAUUACAAUCGAACCUCCUGAUACAGACACCAAUGAGACAGAGCUAAGUGUCCACAUUACAGAGGUGUCUGUAUUACAAUCGAACCUCUUGAUACAGACACCAAUGAGACAGAGCUAAGUGUCCACAUCACAGAGGAGUCUGUUUUACAGUUGGACCUCCUAAUACAGACACCAAAGGGACAGAACCAAGUGUCCACAUCACAGAGGUGUCUGUAUUACAAUCGAACCUCUUGAUACAGACACCAAUGAGACAGAGCCAAGUGUCCACAUCACAGAGGAGUCUGUUUUACAGUUGAACCUCCUAAUACAGACACCAAAGGGACAGAACCAAGUGUCCACAUCACAGAGGUGUCUGUAAAAAUACAGAGACCAAUGAGACAGAGUCAAGUGUCUGCAUUACAGAGGAGUCUGUGUUGCAGUCAAACCUCCUGGUACAGACACCAGUAUGAUAGAGCCAAGUGUCCACAUUACAGAGGUGUAUUACCGUCAAACCUCCUUAAUACGGACACUGAAGGACGGAAUCAAGUGUUCACAUCACAGAGAUGUGGAGGAAGGGAUUGUGUGAAGCUUGGAAUCAUUGGGACUAAGGAAUCUGUCUGUAAUAAAUAGGUGUCCAUACUGUAGUAUUUUCCAUAAGAUAGGUGUGACUGUAUAUUUUAUAGCCUUCAAAGGCAACAGUUAUUAGUACAUGUAUAUUUUGUUUGCAAGUGAGUCAAUGAAAGUAACACAGAAAAGGGUUUUUAUUAAUUUGUCCAAAACACACUGAAUGUAACUGGAAGAAAUUAGUCUAACAAUAUUUUAUUAGGUUUUUCAAGUUAAGUUGUCUUCAGUCAUUGCAAAAACAACCAAAAAUACAUAUUAUAUUAUUUUGCACUUUCAUGUCACAUUAGUUUUUAUGUACUUCUUAGCUGAACAGGAACAUUUUCAUAAGAAUAAUUAUUAUUCUCAUUGUUGAAAAUGCAUGUGCACUACAAUGUACGUAUCUUUGGAUCUGUCCACAUCUUAUUACAGUGCCCCUUUGCAGUUUUCUGGAGUGGAACGUACUUAUAUACAUGUACAUGUAUCAUUGUAUUUUAGGGCGGCAUAUGCCAUGCUCAUUGCUGCAAGGUUACCAAAGGACACUGAUGUUUCUUUCAUCACUGAAAUGAUUGAGGUAUGUAAUUAGCCUUUUAAAUUAUCAGAUUGAUAAUAUUAUUUUAUUUUGCAAGUAAUGAUGACAGUUAUAGUAAAUAUUAUUUAAAAGUAGUGUCAUUAGAAAUUGCAGCUACAUGAAAGUUCCCCUCAGUGAAAUGGCAAGGGCUGGAAGACUAUUUACCAUUGCGGAUAUGGUGCAUAACUGUAUUGAAUUGCACAUUUUUCCUGUAACAUCACAAUGCUUGUUUUCUAUGCUGUUGUUCAUGCAUUUUAUACACUCAUUAGUGCUGAUAGGAGAAUUUAUAAACAGUCGAGAUACAAUGUGAUACAACUCACUUUGACUCUGAAGAUGACUACCGUACAGGUUGUCGAAACGUCAGUCACUGUCAACAACAACAGUCCUAUUCAGGACUACGUUCAUCCGGACGAUUAAACUCAACCUACUUUUUACAUCCUCUCUUUGAUAACCUGCUUUCCUUUAUUCUAGCAACAUUAAUUUUAUCUUUGAUAAGACUGUUGUAUUAUAAUGGGGAAUCUAUUAUUAAUUGACCAUUAGCUGGUCCUUUUAAUUUUUUUUAUCUUUUGUUUUGUAGGACACCGUGGCUCAAGCUGAUGAAGUUGAUAACAAAUAUCUACAGGUACAACUGUUGAUAAUAAUAAUAAUGAUAAUAGGCUUUAUUUAAGGAGGGUAAAACACUUAACAGUAGUCCCAAGACACUGAUGACUCUGUUGCCCUCAGACUGAUGACUCUGUGGCCCUCAAAAUUGAUUGUAUUUGAUUCUAUGGCCUUUAUACAAUAAUGACUGUACGGCCUUUGUGAUUUGUUAUACCCACAUUUUAAUCAAACUGAAUUGAAUCUGACAUUUGAGACAUGCUUCCCGUCCCAGCUGAUACAGUUUAUUAGUCAUGGUCUGACUUUAUCCUGGGUUGAAAUUUUUUCCUUUGUUUUUAAGUAUAUGUAAUAAAAUAUUGUAAUCGAUGGUUUCACUCAGUUAAAUAACACAAAGAAAUUUUACAAAUUUUAUGCUGGCCAGUUAUUGAAAUUUAAACAAAAUCUAUGUACUUGAACAAUUUUUACAUUGUACUCAAUGUUUUGCUGUCCAAUUUCUGUACAGUUUGAAGGUGGACUUUUGGUGACCGCAAAAGUUGUUUAUGCUACAUAUGCUUUGUCAGAGUUCCUGGGAAAAGCUCCAGCUAUCACUGAAGUAUGUGGCAUUUAUUCAUUUUAAUACAUUUGCUUUGUUUUGUUUUGUUUGUGUACUGGUUGUGGCUACUGUCUCCCUAUGUUGUAAGUACAUGUAAGUCUGUGUAUUUCCUCAGUAAUACCAAUUUAAAUUAAGAUAAUUAUGGUUGUUGUAGUGGUCAUCGCAAUCAUUUAAGCAAUUGCAAAUAACCCGAAAAAAAUUGUGGGACUUCAAUGGGUUUUGAACCCAUGGCCUCUGUGUUAGUGCUGCAGUUCUCUACCAAUUGAGCUAUGAAGACCCAUACAUUGGGAGUGGGCCUAUUUGUUGAGUUCAUCUUAACCCAUGAAAAGAGUGAAACAUAGAAUGUAGAUAAAGAUGGUGUGAACUGCGGAAAUACAAAUUUAUAUGAAGAUAUGAUUGUCGCAGUGGUCAUUGAAAUUUAUUUGCAAUUUGUUAAAUUGCAAUGGCUACUGCAACAAUCAUAUCUUCAUUUAAAUUUGUAGUUCCGCAGUUCACAUCAUCUUCAUUCUAUAAAUCCAAUAUCAUGAUAAAACUUGGCCUGGUUGUUGCAGUACUUUAUUUUGGCAGUCAAAAAAUGCUUUAAGUGACUAGUUUCAGAGAGUGUUUUAUUGCAGAAUGUCCAGUUUACUUACUGAAUGAUGUGGCAAGUGCAGUUUUUUUGCAAGUUAACAUUUUUUCCUCCAGGGUGAGGCUUUGCUUUGAGGUGGUCAGUUUAGAUUUGUUUCUCAUUAAGUCUCGUUGUUUGCCUUUCAGGAACAAGUGAUCAAGUUUGCAAACUAUCUUCUAACAAGAAAACAUGUUCAAUCUGUGAAAGACACUGCAACACUACUUAUAGCUCUUGACCAGCUAGGCAACAAUCCAGUGAGUUACAUUCUGUUUGUCCUUGUACACGUACAUUCAUCCACCACGAUGUUAGUUUUGUUUAUUAUACUCGAAAUGCCUCAAUUAGCUUCCACCUUAAAAUUCAUUGCUCAGAAAUUUUGGUAAUCCAGGGUAGUAAUAAAUUCCAGUAUUUACAGUGCUGUCAAUUCCCCCAUAGCGACUACUUCUCGUAACCGACUGCCUCCCUUAAACCUUUAAGUCUGGAUAGUGACCAACAUCAAUUUUCUCCUAACAAUAUCCCUAUGUUGCCAAGAGAAAUGGUUAUGAGAGUUAAUAAUUAUAAUGAUCACUAAAGAGAAAAAUAAUGCUUUGAUCUGCUAUCAAAUUCUUUCAACUAAUUCAUUAAGGAAAUGUAUGGAUAUCAGGUUGGAGAAUUUGUAAGUGGAUGUCAGGUCUUAAAGGGUUAAGCAACCACUUUGAAAAUAAUGUUUUUGUUUCUCAGUCAAAUACUGUUUAUAAAACUCUCUUGUAAGCGACCAGUAGUUAAAUUUCUUAGAUGACGGUGACCACUUUUUAGGCCAGAAAUUUGACAUGUUUUGUUUUCUCUUUCUGGUACAUGUAAGCAACCACAUGCACCCAGCUUGAUCAUGAAUGAUUGUAAGAAAAUCAUUGCUCGAAUGUCACUAAAGUUCAGUUAUUGAUAGUGCUGACCAAGCAUGCUGACAGAUUAUAGCAGUCUACUUACCAAAAAAAUGGCUGUUAUUUGAUCUGUAGGUAAAAAAGUUGAUUGUAAUGCUGGAGCAAAAUGUUAUGUACAUGUACAUGUACAAAGUUUUGACAGUUCCAAGUGCUAUUCGAUAUAAUAAGAUUAUUCCAUUUGUCUAUGUGUAUGUUAAUCAGCUCGGUUUGAGCUUAUUUUCAACCACUUUGUUGGGCAACAAGCUAAGAGAGUGUUUACUGACAAGAGAGUUGACUGUAUAUUAAUUUAAUCUUAAUUUUCCUGUUUUCAGUUCCAUGUUCCGGUUGUAGUGCAGCUUUAUGGGUCCCCAGUUGUUUCUGAUGAUCAAAAGAUGGUCAAGGUUUGUGAGAGAAUUAUGUUUUUAGCUCUAAAGAAACAUGCACAACGUACUCUGAAACUCCUACAUUUUGGCUGAAGGCCCUAUUUCCUCUUGUCUGUACAUGUACAUGUAGAUAAUCACUUUAACAUUUUAAUUUUGUCUUAUUUUGAGCUUAAGAUAAAAAAAAAUUACAAUUAUAAAAAUAUAAUGUUCAAUGAAUACUUGCAAGGGAAGGAAUUUUGAAGUCUGAUUCUCUUCUUCUUGCCAGUGGCAAUGUGAAGUUUCAUCUAACUUGAAUAUUUUAUUCCAGGUCCGUGUAACUAAUGUCAUGGACAAAGCACUUGGUAAAAUGACAGUGACAGCCACAUCAGCUGAAGACACUGAAGGUACAACAGUACUGAGCAACAAAGUGUUCACUGCUGGACCGGAAGAGUAAGUGCACUCAGUUAUUUCGAAGCAAACAUAAAAUACUCAGUUAAUUCAGCAGUCAAAAUAGGAGGGAAUGGCAGCAGAAUGAAGUUAUAUUUUUCAUGGUAGAACUUAGUACAUUACAGAUACAUUCAAUUUUUUUCUGCACUUGUGGAUUGUUAAGACUGCUCUAAUUAAAAACUUUGGUAAUAGUUCUUUGAAUAUUGUUGUUUUUAGACAAAAUUAGUUGCUUUAUUUUUGUACAAAGUUAAAAUAGAUCAGUCUCUUAGCAGCUAACAUUCUGACAGACCCUUGCUUACUAAUAUUCGUAAAUACAAAUUUACUUGUUUCGUUGGUAAUGUACCAAUUAUAUUGAUGUACUGCAAUGUGCCUUUAAGUUUGCAUUUGUGGCACACAUUUUCCCAGAAUGCAUAUAAGGCUAAUUAAUUUUGCUCACACAAGCUUGUAGUAAUAAAAAGAAUAAUAUUACAGAUGUACAAAUCACUUACUUUUGCUCGGUAAGGAAUGGGCAGAUUAUUCAUACAUGUAAAGGAAUAAUAACCCAAAUUAAUACAUGUAGCUACAAACCUAACAAAUAAUGUAGAAAGCAUAGAUUUUUUUCUCUAAACUAAUGAUAAUUCCAAUUAAAAUGAACAUUGCUUUUUUGCAUGAGUUGAUUAAACUAUCAACUUAAAGUUACAAGUUAUAAACCAUUCCACUGUAGUGACUUCAUUGUUAUUGAGACUGAUCUUGGGCGAGGCAUGUUUGCAGCUCAUAGGUAAAGUACAUUGUAAUUUCUCAAAUCAAGUUUAAAAAAAGUAAAAUGAGAUGUCUAAAUUGUAGUUUUUAGGAGCAGUGUAAACCUUUUAGCAUUGAAAAGAUGUCAUAAAUUUUAAUAUAUUAAAAAAUUAAAACUGUGGGAAUAUUACCUUUAAGAGUAACACUAAAAAUCUAAAAUAAAAUGAUAAAACAAUAUUUUAUUAAAAUAAUGAACUAGUAAGGAAGUGUAAAAAGUUUCAAACAAUUGAAUUUUGCAAUAGUAGUAUGUCAGUCUUCAAUAACAAUCAAUCAUUUAUAGUAAACCUCAAGCAAGGCAAUAAGUGAUUAUGACAAAUAUAAACAUUAAAACUUGUGUUUUGCCUUUAAAUGGACUCAUUGUGCAGUUGUAAUCCACUGACAACCCUUUUCUGAUACAUAUUUUUUCAACUACAUUGGACUGUACUGUAGGACAACUUGUCAGUUUUCCAUGAUAUGAUUGUAGGCUGUUUGUUUUUUAGCUAUGAGUUAAAUUUCAUGACAUCAAAACCUGGCCCUGGAGUAUACACUGUCAAUGUUGGGUAAGUCAAGUUUGCAUUUUGAUAUAAUAAAUCAUCAUAACCUUUUUCAUAAUCUCCGUCAUCUUCAUCAGACUCCAUCAUCACCUUGAUCAUCAUCAUCAUUAUCAUUAUCCUGACCAUCAGCUUUAUCUUUAUCAUCUCAUUACCAUCACUGUCAUCUUUUUUCAAUUGUGGACAGGCUGGAAUGCUGGCCAUAUUCAUUGUUGUUGUUAUUGUUGUUUAUCAACUGGCUUGACAGCGAUUGCUUGUGGUCAGUCAUCUUAAUUUUUGGCAUGUAUUGAAGCAGCAAAUUAUGUGUUUGUUAUCAGCGUGAAACCACACAAAGAGGACAAGCGUCUUAUUGGCACCACUUCUGGCCAGGUAAAACUAAUUCACUCAUUAUUGCUGUGCUUAACAACAACUUGUGUAGUGGCAGCUUGCUUCUCUUUCUUCCAGUGAUAUAUUAAUAUAAGGCUUUUGUUUGGUUAAAAUUACAUUUCUGAGGAACUGCUCUCUUUUGGCAGGUUAAAGUUAAAGUUGUCACAAAAGUAAAUGUUGAAGAUGUAGAAUUAUCAGUUGUGGACAAAGAGCAAAACAUCAAAUCCAAGACUACUAGGUAACUGUCCAUUUCUUCUUUCUAAAAACGUUUGUUUUGCAGUAAAUUGCUCUGUGAGCGAUGGGGAUAAAAGUUUCAGGAUUAUUGAAACAUUGCAAUAAGUUUCCCCUUAUCUUGCAAACAACAGUCAUCUCCCUUGGUUGUUGUUCAAGGGAAAAUUAGCUUGCAGGGUUUUCAGUAAGAUUUCAAGUUGCUGGGUAUGUGCAAAUGAUAGGCCAGGAAUUGAAAAGGUAGGACGAUUUGUUGGUUCUAUUUUCCUUUUGUUUCCUUUAACCCUUUAAACCCUAAAAUCAAAAUUUGUUUUCUCGUAUGUUGCCCGUAUUCAUUUCCUACAGAAGUAGUGGGGAGAAGUUGAUAAAAUAUCAAGCAAAUUCAUCUUGUGUGAUCAUGUCUGUAAUUCUCAUGACCACUCUGUUUUACAAAGCAUUGAUAUUACAAGGAGAAAUUUGAUGCUGAUCACUCUUAUGGCCUAAAGGGUUAAAAUGAGGCCAGAAACCUACUCAUAGUAGCUGGGGAAAAUCCCCCGUCCCCACCCCAUAGUAAUAAGGUUAAAAGUAAAGGUAAAGCAACCGUGAUAUUUCACAUCAAUAAUUUGUGGCAGUAAUUCAACUGAUAAACUUGAGCUCAAUGGUGUGCUCAUUUUAAUCCCUCUCUCCAUCAGUGUGUCAUUUUAAAGUUCAGGAGCUUAGUGUCCAUAUAAGCACAUAUUCCUGUGGGUACAGCUGAUUAUAACCUGGAAAAAAAUAGGUGCACUCAACUGAGAUUAGGACUAUAUGUGUGCAAAAUGUAGCUGAAGUCAUUGAAAUUAGUAAGUGAUGGUAGACAUCUUGCUCCUUGCUUGUAACCUUCUUGAUGGUGUCACGUUUUUACCUUUUUCCUUGUGAGCACCGUACCUUAGCAAUAACAAUAUAGAUAGGAAAAAUAGACAACUAACUACUGUGUUUUCCCUCUUACUGAAAACGCAGGAAAUGGAAUUUCCAAGACCUUAAAUUUCAGACCUUCCUAUUUUGGAGUGCCUUUGGGGCAGUAAAUUUUUACUUGUGCAUACACCUUUAAAAUCUCUUGCUACGCCCCUGGGGGUAUUGAAAGCAAGUUAAAGCUCUACCGAAAAGAGCAAAGUUGAAACAAGGAUGUUAUGUCACCAGGAAUAGAACUUGGGACCUCUCGCACCAAAGACUGCGUUCUAACCAACUCCGUACCAACUUUGCUCCUGAUAGGUGCAGCCCUGUGUAAGGUCCCAGCAUCACUCUUAUUUCAGGUUCAUUACUUUACCUUUUACGUAUUGUUUUUCAGUGUCAAGUACCCUGCAGCCAUUACCACCGUUAUAGAAGCUGACUACCACCAGAAAGUUGUGAUGAAAUUCUCCUUGAAGAGUGUCUCCUCUGGGGAUCUGUUUACUCCUCAUCAGGCAUUUGUUAGACUCACCAAUGAGAAAACCAAACAAGAGAUCUUCUUUGUUGCUGAACCAGAGCCAAGUAAAGUGUUCAAGUUUGAUCUGGUGAGUGAGAGCUAGCUCUGCCAUUUAUACAUUAUUUUCAGCUUCUAUUUAACAAUAAAUUAUUAUUCCACGAGUAUGUGUUGAAUAUGAGAUGGUAGAUAGCUAGCGAGGCACAUAGUACCAAGUUGGCUAUAAUCAUCUCAUAUCCAACAAGGGCGAGUGGAAUAAUAUUUUACUGUUUUGUUAAAAACAGCCACAAAAUUCCAAGAAUUCCUCCAUGCAUCGUUUUUUCCCUGCUUUCUCUUUUGUUAAUAUUCAGGAUGUUGGUGCCACUGCAAAGGAUUCUUUUGGUUCCCUUUCUGGAAAAUACAAGAUGGUGAGUGACAAAGGGAUUUAAAUAGUAGAAUCCUGCAAUCCAAUAGAACUUUGUGAACAAAGGCACAUAACUACUGAGUAAUGAUUUGGGUGAAAUUAUCUACCCAAGCCUCAACCUUGUUUUUGUUGUUUGUGAUUGCUGUUAUGUAAUUCAGAAAGGGUCUGUACCUACUGGUAUUACAGCCUAUGUCAUAAACGUAAUUGAAAUUCAAUUAGUAACAUCUGUGAAGCAGCACUGAUAUCCUUGUUCUGGGCCCCAAAGGACUAAAUGAAUUACCAGAAGUGCAUUUUGAAUUUCCCUUCAUCUUGAUUGGAAAAUCGACAAUGGGUUUUUGAACAGGCCAACCAUGUCUCAUACUCUAAUCCUGGUACACAGCUGGGAACCCAGAAAAAGGAUUUCAGGGCUGUUUUGCAGACAGACUUAGCCUGUGUACAGCCACCCCCGCCCCUAAGAAAAAAGUUGAAAGGGCCCCUUCUCUGAUGUUUUCUGAGGGAAGGGGGUGGCUAUACACAGGCUAGACAGACGUUAACCAGAGUUUAGCUGUGAUGCAGGUAAUGGUAUUGGUGGUAUUAAGGAAUCAUAAAGUUCUAGUUUGGUAGACGUAGUUAGCUCCUGUACUUCAUUGUGAAGCAACUCAUCACUUUGAAGGGCCCAAAAAUGACAUUAAUUUCUGUUUCUUGUAAAGUAAUGAAAAGCAAAUACAGUGGUACCUUGUAAUGGCACUGCCAAAGACAUCUUAUGUAAAAUAUAACACCAUGGGAUUUCCUUCAAAGACUUGAAUGUUCAAUCUAUCUAUUCACUUUUGUAGUAUAAGUGAAAAUUCUAGUUAUAAAGAUGGUUCAAGAUUAUUUUUUAAAGAUCUUUUUUAUGAUUUUCUGAUUUCAUCUCUUUUCAAGGAUCUUAUUGUUGGUGAUGCUGUGAUUCAAAAUCCUUUUGAGUGGAAAGUGGUGAGUGUAAUUUUUUUCUGUUUGAUGCUCGUGUGUUUUAAGUUACUGUUACAAAAUCAACUAAUGUGUUAAUAAAGGUUUUAAAGGCUUGUUUAGUGGAAAGAACACUUAACUUAUCCAGCUAGUUUACAGGCACUCCACUCAGAUACUUAGAAACAAAUAAUUCAAAUACAACGUAACAGGAUUUAUAACCCCAGCUGGCAGGAGGCAACCAGUUCGCUAUUUACAAGCGUCGCAAAGGAUUUGAACUCGGGACGACCGAGAACAAAUCCAGCAAGUGGCCAGAGUGGGACUCGAACCCGGGACUGCUGGAUUGCAAGUCCAACGCGCUGACCACUCGGCGACACUGCUUCCUUCAAUCAAUGUUUUGAUUUCUUUGUUUUAGGGUGUUCUGUCAUUAACCUUUGCUGAGGACCCAGCCAAAUCAACCAAGGACAAGGAACAUAUGUACAAUGCCAGACCUGAAAUUGAGGUACUGACAAGCCUGUCUUUUAAUUUGUUUGGGUGUUUGAAUUAAAAAAUGCACCUGCCAUGUUUUGUUAGAACUCCUGGCAUGCUUUUCUUGAGUUACAGAACUUAGUCUUUUACAAGUUUUAUGUUGGCUUAAAGUGGCUACAAUGGAAGUAAAAAGAACUUGAGACACGGUGCAGUGCCAGAUCCAGACCUUGAGAUAAGGGGGAGGCCCAGUCAUCCAGAUCCUUACAUGAAGGGGGGGGGGGGGUCCCCCAAAUUUUUUCAAUAUUGAAUUCAGUAUUAAGACUAGGAUCAUGGGUGGGCAAAACUGCAGAGGUUUAAUUGACAACAAAUUACAUUUAUUUAACUUGAAAUACAGCUUGUCUCAAUUUCUAUGAAGGUGACAGUAUCACGCUACAAAAGCAGGACAAAUGCAGUUUGCAGAGUUAUUUUUUAAAUUUUAUAUAUUUUGAACUUGAAAUUUGUGUUGCCAAGUGAAUCAGUUCAUUAUGCUCCGUCUGUUGUUGUUCUCAAGACUCAGAACCAUCUGAAUCUUGAAUUACAUUUUGAAAAUAUAUUUCAUGUUGUUGUCUUUAAUUUAGCACAUGUUCCGUGUCCCAGAGAAGCGCCCCCCAAAGGCCGUCUCAACAGCCUUCACAUUCCUCAUCUUUGUCCCACUUGCUAUCAUGCUUAUUGUGGUAAGUUUUCUUUGCCUUUAUAACAGUUUUUUUGAUGGAUAAUUUUAUUUAAGUUUACACUUGCUUUAGUGUUGAAUUGCUUUCCUUCGUGUUUAGCUGCACAAAUCUCAUGUCACUCGAUGAAGGGAAAAGCAAUUGAAGGCUUCACAAACGGAGGGGGGGGGGGAGAGAAUAUUGGCAUGAGCUCUUGACACAAGGAUUUCUGGGAUUAUUUGGGUCCAGUAGCGUUUUUAGGCAUGAUUGGUCAAUGGUAUCCAAGGGCAAUUAUAAAUACAGUCAUAGCUUACUAUUGUCCACCCAAACGAUAACCAAAAAAACUGCGAUCAGUCUCCCUUUUCCUUCAGAUUUAGUGAGGGUAGUGCGCGCCUUUAGCCACGUGCGUUGUCAUUUUCCUGUAUUGUGCGUUUUGCUCGACAGACCAACAAAAAAGAGAUACACCUAUUUGUCAAAAAAACCAAAUAUCUUCAUUCUACGGUCAACUCUCUCUAAGACGGACACCUUUGGGACCGGCACUAAUUGUCCGUCUUAGAGAGGUGUCCAUCUUAUAGAGAGUCAAAUAAAGGGAGUAAAGAAAGGCAGGGACCAACUCUAGGUGUCCGUUUUACAGAGGUGUCCGUCUUAUAGAGGUGUCCGUUAAGAGAGAGUCGACUGUAAUAAUGUAUUGGACAAUAGUAACAGAGUGGCUCCCCCGUUUAACAAACCCCUAUACAAUAAUGAACAAGUGGUUAUAAUGAACAACAUUCUUAACGCUACUUGUAGUUCCUGUAUGUAACAUACCCUUGCCACAGGCCUGCUUUCCAUUCACCCAAAAUUCCGGAAAUUUUGGUUAGAAAUCAGAUGGAAUAAACCAUUCCAGUUUGGUCCAACCGAAAUAUUUCGGUUUGGUCCCUUUCUAUUUGACAAAGGUGUUGUCCCCAGUGCAGCUCUUGUGUUUCCUGCAUAACCCAAACGCCCGGUGGCUUGGGGGUUAGGUCUGUGCAACCGGAAUGUACCGUUCCAUUGGGCACGUGGAAUUUCCGAAAUUUCAAACCGGAAUUUUUGUUGAAUGGAAAGCGCUCUAGGUUUCUUAACAAUGUAACUUAGGCACAGGCUUGCUAUAACAGUAUCGCCUUUUUUGCAAGUAAUACAAGAGUGUGCUUACAUAUGUAAAUGCUACAUAUAGUACGCUGUUUAAAAAAUACUAAGAAUUUGCACCAAUCUGUGUAAUGUGUUGCUAGUUUGUGAUGUUUUUCUUCAGUUGAGCUAGUGACUCAAGAUGGUGCUACAGAGAUGCUCUUAUCUCCACCGAGACUUCUCAAUUUAAUGAGAUUUCUUGACUAAAAAUAAGAUUACAUUAUAUUGGUCCAACCACAGUUGUGUACAUUUAAGAGAUUUCAACAGCUUAGAAGGUCUGUCGUUGAAUUCUGUGUGACCAUCAAAAUCAAAGCUAUCAAGCACUACUUUCUUGUAGCACUGAUUGUUAUGCCACACAAGGUGGUUGAAUUUUUUGACGUUUGUGCUUGAAGUGACCAGAACUCCUGAAAAUAAAACGUUAAGGAAUGUAAUGCACCGUAUGGAAUCCCAGGCCAUUGUCUGCUACAGUCCCGCAGUCCUCAAAAGUUACUUAAUAAAUGGCAAAAAUAAAAACUGCGUACAUGUAUUUACAAGUAUAGGGAUUUUCCAUUCGAAAUAUGUGAUUCUUCUUUCUUUAAGCCUUUGCAUGAAAUUAAGAGUUCUAACUAAUUUAAUACAUUUGUAAACUACGGGACUGUGGAAAUAUUCCUUGUCCUUUAAUAACUGAUUUCAAUAAAUUUGUAGACGACAAUGAGGACUCCAAACCUGCAGGAUCGAUGCAGGAGCAGUUGUCAGACCACUUGACUGCAGGAGGGGUCGUUCAUGUACUUGAUUUAAAUAGAUUUAUUGACUACAAUACACCGUGACUGUGGGAGUGUCAAUUAAAAACACAUUUUCUUUUUAUCACUGCGGGACAAUUGCCUUUUAUCGCUUCUAGGUAACCAGGUGUUCCGAAGUUGCUCCUGGAU